AUUCAUGGAACAGAAAAAAUCUAGCAUAAAACUUAUUGUAGAGUCAAAUUUUGCAAACAAAGAGUGUAAAGAAUUAAUUCAAAUUGCAGCAAACAGUGAAAAAAAAAUAGAAAUAUUAGAAGAAAAGAAAAUAUAUGUUUCUAAUAAGUUAACAGAAACUCUUAGUGUUAAAACAUAUUUUACUCCAUUACGGCAAUUAAGUUAUAAUGCAGAUUUAACAGUCUUACAGGAAAAAAUUAAU